GUGCUUCUUUUAUUAUUUAUGUCACUUUACCCUCUCUAGUGGCAGCUAAGAUGGAUUCUUUGCACAGACACCGCUCACUUUAUAAAGGAACCACUCCGCCAUGGAAGGAAACGUACCGCCAGCGCUGUGUGGACAGACUGAAAAACAGCCGGACAAGGCUGCUGGAGAGGUAUCGGCAGAUGGGGAGAGCCCGCAGCGGAUCGGCUGCGGGGCCUCCAUCAUCGUCCAGGAGGUGAUGGAGGAGGAGUGGAGCGCUCUGCACUCCGAGGACCGGAGGCUGCCCUCGAUGUGGGGCCCAAAGGGCAUGGAAGAGCAAAUGUUUGGUGUAAUGAAUGAGUACGAUGAACUGGCAGUACUGGAAGAAAUCCAACAGGAGCUGGUGUCUCAUGAAAUGUCUAUUAUUGAAGAGUACGAGAGGAACCUUCAGUUUGAGCAGCAGUACAUAUCGUCUGUUGUGGAGGGGAUGGAGGACACGUAUAUUAUUUGCCCCAUAUGUCACAUAAACAACUUGAACAUCAACAGCCAUUUCUUCUCCUGCCCCUGUGGACUGUACCAUAACACCAAGAAACAGAACGUCACCCCUGACGUCCUGAGGAGUCUCCUGGAGUCCAAGGUGUCGGAGCACAUGGAGGACUGUCUCCACAACCCUGUUUUCUCCGUAGCUCCCGACACAGACGGCUCUCCCAACCUCAUGAUGAGCUGCAAGGUUUGUGACUACCUGUCCAUUGUCCUGUGAAAGCAGACACAGCUGUUAUAAGUGACUUAACUUUUGAUAUUGGAUUUUUAUUUGAUUGUUUUGUUUUUUGUGAAAUAAAUACAAUCUUUUUUGUAAAAUAUUUAA